CCGGGGUCCUAGCAGGCAGCACCGCCUUCCGCCGCAUGUGCCUGCAGCGCGAUGCCCAAAUCCAAGCGCGACAAGAAAGUUUCCUUAACCAAAACUGCCAAGAAAGGCUUAGAACUGAAACAGAACCUGAUAGAAGAGCUUCGGAAAUGUGUGGAUACAUACAAGUACCUUUUCAUCUUCUCCGUGGCCAACAUGAGGAACAGCAAGCUGAAGGACAUCCGGAACGCCUGGAAGCACAGCCGGAUGUUCUUUGGCAAAAACAAGGUGAUGAUGGUGGCCUUGGGUCGAAGCCCAGCUGAUGAGUACAAAGACAACCUGCAUCAGGUCAGCAAGAAGUUGAGGGGUGAGGUCGGUCUCCUUUUCACCAACCGCACCAAGGAGGAAGUGAAUGAGUGGUUUACGAAAUACACGGAAAUGGACUUCGCUCGAGCCGGAAACAAAGCAACUUUCACUGUGACCCUGGACCCCGGGCCCCUGGAGCAGUUCCCCCACUCCAUGGAGCCACAGCUGAGGCAGCUGGGCCUGCCCACUGCCCUCAAGAGAGGUGUGGUGACCCUGCUGUCCGACCACGAGGUGUGUAAGGAGGGCGACGUGCUGACCCCAGAGCAGGCCCGCGUGCUGAAGCUUUUCGGGUAUGAGAUGGCUGAAUUCAAGGUCACCAUCAAAUACAUGUGGGAUGCACAGUCUGGAAGGUUCCAGCAGAUGGGAGAUGACUUGCCCGAGAGCGCAUCCGAGUCAGCAGAAGAAUCAGAGGGGGAAGAUGACGGCUGACAGAUACUGGGGACGGACUGUGGGACCACCACCUCGCUCGCUGAACAGCAGGGAGGGCGAGAGGGAUGGACUGCUUUUCUAUAAGGAAUAAAACUGUCUGCAAGGUGGCUCCUGUGGACGGCAAAGAGGACUUUUCCUAGAAAAAAG